UCCUCAGACACUGUGAGUUCCACCGCUUUCACUUGCGGUCCUGGCGCCUCGGAGGUGAUGAUUGACUCGGACACGUCGGGUGUCUUUCACAGCCCCGGGUGGCCAUCAUCCUUCACUCCGGACAGUCGAUGUCUCUUUCGUUUUGUGGCUCCACCUGGUCGCAAAGUGCUCAUUGAAUUUGCCAAUUUCCACAUCGAAGGACUCUACCCAUAG